AUGGCGACACCUGCGGCUGAACAACGCAAGAUUCUUGAACAACUCAUGGGCCGAGAGUCGAUGUCUCGGGGAUUUGAUGGAAAUCGGCGUGAACUCAGGUUACAAGAUCCACGCAUUUGCAAAAGCUAUCUUGUCGGAGAAUGCCAGUAUGAUCUAUUCAAAGGUACCAAGCAGAGUUUAGGUAAAUGCCCAAAGAUCCAUUUAGCGAAGCACAAACUGCAGUACGAGCGCGAACUUCGCCAGGGCCGCGAAUUCCCCGAUUUCGAGCGCGAGCAUUUCGCGAUGCUGUCGAAAUUCGUCAACGACUGCAAUGGCCAAAUAGCAGUGGCAUUGAAGAACCUGGAACACACCCCUGAAGAGCGCGAGAAGAUCAAGAAAGUUACAAGCGAGCUGGAACUCGUUGACUCCCAGAUUGGACUCAUGCUACAAGAGAUCGAAAUGCUGCUGAAAUUUCACGAAGUUGCCAAAGCACUCGUACAAUCCGUCAAGCUGCAAGAACUACAGAAACACCGCCGGGAGGUGGCUUUGAAAGUUCGUGAAAUCACAGAAAAUGUCGGUCAAAGCGCACAACAGAAAUUGCAAGUAUGUGAAAUAUGCGGUGCAUAUCUUUCCCGUCUCGACACAGACCGCAGACUUGCGGAUCAUUUUAUCGGUAAAAUACACUUGGGCUACGUCAAAAUGCGCCAAGAACUUGACUAUUUGGCGCGCAAAGCCAAGGAGAAGGGUGAGGAUCUCACGAGCUUUCCGUCUGCCCCCAAUUCUCGGGUCUCGCAGUAUCAUCAUCAUCACCACCACCAUCAAAACCAUGGAAAUGUUCGCUUAAAUUAUCAGCCUCGCUACAAAUCUAGAGUUUUCCGCGCAAACUAG